GUUAUUGUAGUUCUACAAUAUGCUAGGAGAAGAAGAAAAUGGGCUGCCCCAAAAAAAUCAAAAAGGAAGCAAGAGGAACUUGAAGAAAAGUUGAGAAGAGCAGAACAGAAAACAGAAAAAUACAGGAAACGGCUUCAACGAUUGAAAAUGGCUCAUCAAUCUCCAAGAGCCAAAGUCAACAAAAUACUCAGGGAAGCUUCGCAGACAUCCCUAAGAAGAACCCUGUUGUUCCAUACAGCAGUAGCUGAGGAAGUGCGUACAAAGUACAAAAAAUCAAAGAGAGAAAGUCACAGACAACUCAUUGCAGCAGUAAUCACCAGCAAAAUCCUCAAGAAGUACAGGCUGCAGAAAUUGGCACAGGAGGUACUUGGAUUUUCAAGGAAAAGAUGGAAGAACCUGGGAAAUGAAAAUGUCUGCUACUACAAGAGGAAGGAAUACACUGGAAUUGGUGCGAGACUGAAAGAAAAGGUAACGUCAUUCUUUGUACGUGAUGAUGUGAGCAGGAUCACUACUGGAAAAAAGCAAACAGUCACAAAAGGAAAAAAGAAAAUGCAGAAAAGACUACUUCUGGAUUCAGUGAAAAACCUCCAUUUGAGGUUCCUCGCUGAGCAGACCAACAUGAAGCUGUCAUACUUGCUGUUUUGCACACUUCGUCCCUAUUGGGUUGUGCACCCAACGCUGUCAGAUCGCGAAACAUGUAUGUGCAAACAACAUGAAAAUCUUGGCUUUAUUGCUAAAAAGCUUCAUCAGAUGCACAUCAUUGACACGUUCAAUUUGGAGAGCCUGACAGAAGCCAUCACGUGUGACAUCACAAGCAAGCAGUGUAUGUAUGGAGAAUGUGACAAAUGCAGCAAUAAGAGCUAUCCACUCACAGGCCAUUACAAAGCUACUGAUCGUGUCUCCUACCUUCAGUGGGCAACUGUUGACAAAAAGAACAAAGAUAACUCUGGAGCAACCUCAAAGGUCACUUUGAAAAAAGAAUAUGAAUCCUCACAAGAAGAGCUGGUGGAAACAUUUGCCACUUUGCUCCAGAAGUUUAGGCGUCAUCUCUACAACAUCAGGCAGCAGUAUGCUUUCUCACGGGCCCUGAAGCAGAACCUCCCUGCCGACCAAUGUGUAGUCCAUGUUGAUUUCUCAGAAAACUAUACUUGCAAAUACAGUGCAGAAGUGCAGUCUGUUCAUUUUGGUGCAUCCCACCAACAGGCCACUUUACACACUGGUGUUUAUCAUGUGGGGGGAGAAUCGGCUCCUACCUCCUUCCGCACCAUAUCGGCAUCAAGAUUGAAGGGACCACCUGCAAUAUGGAAACACAUGGAGCCCAUUCUGAAGGAAAUCAGAGAAAAAUUCCCAGAUGUGACAACUGUGCAUUUUUUUAGCGAUGGGCCCUGCACACAAUACAAACAGCGUAGAAACUUUUACCUUUUUUGCACUGAAAUUUUUAAGAAGGGGUUCACAAGGGGAACCUGGAAUUACUUUGAGGCCAGUCAUGGCAAAGGAGCCCCAGAUGGCAUAGGUGGCACACUGAAGAGGAGGGCUGACAGGCUUGUCAGCCAAGGGGUUGAUAUUCCCACAGCAAUGUCCCUUUACCAAGCUCUGAAUGAUGGUUAGUCAAAGGUAAAGUUGUUUUACAUCCAGGAGCAAGAUGUAGAUGAUGCAGUGAAGGAAAUGCCGGCUGACCUUCCAGCGGUACCAUCCACAAUGAGGCUUCACCAGGUGAUUACUCUUUCACCUGGAAAAAUGCUCUACCGCGACAUCAGCUGCAUGUGUUCUGCAAAUGGGAGUCUGGAAUGUAACUGCCAGAAAACGAGAAGCUUCAGCUUUAAUUCCACAGAUGACCACACAGAAGACCUAACACACAGCAGACCAGAAGAAGAGCAGUGGCAUACUCCCGAGGUUGUGGGUAAAUGGUGUGCUGUGCUGUAUGAGGGCCACAUCUACCCAGGGAUCAUCCAAGAGGUGAAUGAGACCCACUGCCAGGUGAAAUGUAUGCACAGAGUGGGGGAAAACCGCUUUUUCUGGCCGUUGAGGGAGGAUGUCCAUUGGUAUCCCUUUGAGGAUAUUCUGACCAUCAUUUCACCGCCACAAAAUGUUACCUCACGCCACCUGGCCAUCGCAGAAGACCAAUGGAACACUCUGGUCAGCCAUGAAGAGUAAAGUGGAAUAUUAGAAGACCGAUGUUCUAAAGACAAGAUGACAAGUUUUGUCCGAUGUUCUAAAGACAAGAUGACAAGUUUUCAGUGUUAAGAGUCAAGUGUUAGAGUGAAUAUGUUGAUAGGCUAGGGCAGCCAGCCAUCAAAGUUUCUUUAAUUAUUAUUAUUUCUUCUAUUUUUAGGGUGUUAUUUGAGGAAAAGUGCAACAGAAGGUAUUAAAAGUUAUUCAAAGAA